UUAUAAAAUAUUAAAAAUUAAAUACUCAUGGGACUUGCGCCCCAUGCCUCGUGGCUUACGCCUCGCUGAGGCAUAUGUAAAAUGCCUCGCCUUACGCCCACCCCUUUUAAAACAUUGAUCUCUAUAAGGUAGGGGUAAGGUCUGCCUACACACUACCCUCUCCGGACCCUAUUUAUGGGAAUACACUAGGUAUUUUGUUGUUGUUGAUGUCUCUAUAUACAUUGCUCAUAGUUGUCGCCAUUUCAAAAAAGCAGGGAGCAUGGCAGCCAUCUUUGAAUAUUUCAACUGUCUUAACAAGUAUAGGUUUGUUACUGAGUGAACCAAAUCCUGAUGAUGGGUUAAUGCAUGAUGCGAGCAUGGAGUACAAAUAUAAUAGACAAGCUUUUGACCAGAAGGCAAGAUCAAUGACUCAAAAGUAUGCUAGGGCUGGAGCAAGUGAUUUUGGUGGUCGUGACCAAGAAAUCCAAACUCUUACAAAUGCAAGAGAAGGACAUGUUGAAGCCAAAGAAUCACAUUUACCAAAAUUUGAGGUCCCUGGUCAUUUUGUAAACCAUAAGAGUUUAUGUGGACUCAGCAGAAAGUUGUCGCUAGACUCUGCUGGACGAGCACAAAGGCAUAAUGCUGAGACUGUGAGUGAAGUGCCUCUUGAUCAUAUCUUAAAUAAGCAGAUGGAAGUUAGUAAACAAGCUAUGGAAGAACUGCGUAUUAAGAGUAACUCGAAUCAGGAUAAAGUACAAAAGAGCACCACGAAACCAUCUUCAGAAAUUGUUAGUCCAUCUAAAUUUAGGAAUGAUGAGAAGAAGGAUAAAGAGAAAUGUUCUACCAGCUUGGAACCCCAAAGUAUUUUUCUGAAUUAUGCAGAUAUACAGCCAUUGCCACUGGCUAUAAGAAAUUCUGGCAAAACUGCUAAUCCAAAUAAUGACUUGAGAAAUGUCAGCAUGAACGAGAGUACAAAUAAGCUGUUGGUAAAGUCAACUGAUUUCAGCCAAAAAAAUGAGGAUCUUGGAAAAUUGCAGUUCAAGCCUCAGUUCUCAGCCCAACUUCAGUCCACUGCAUCAUGUCAUACUCUUUCAUUGUCAAAGACCCCUGGUCAUUACAAUAAGCAACCUGACAAAAAUGCUGCUGAUCAAAACAGAAAUGGUUUCUCCACAAGGCACAAGAAGCUGGGUUUAACUGGUAGGAGACAUCCUUCCGGCACAUCCAGUUCAUCUCAACGUCCGCAGAAGGGUGACAAAGAGAACUUAGCCCCUUCUCAGGACCUACCCCUUUCAGGCUCUGACGCAUGUAUUGAUUCAGCGUCCAGUUUAUCUUUUACUUCACAAAUUGGUGAUUCUUGUGCUGCAUCAACAAGGAAGUCAUCUAAUCCAUGUGGGACAUCCAAGAAGCUGCCACUAGAAACUGUAGAGCACUUUGGAGAGGGUAAGGACAAUAGCUUUCAGAUGACAUCUCAAUCUGGAAAACAUUCCACAGCUCAAGUUAAUCAUCCCCUUUCGUGUGAGCAGCCCAACCAAGUCGAAGAUGAAUACUAUAACAGGAACAUCAAGCAACAGGAAAAAGAAUCACCAAAAUGUGAAGCAGUGAUUGUGUUGGACAGUGAGGAAAGUGAAGAUGAAAGGUCUCUUCAUAAAAGGUCCAAGUUGUCGCUAGUUCGAAAACAUGUGUCAGGUAAGCGAAAGGCUGAACUGUGGAUUUGACUCCUCCUUUUGUGAAGUAUUAAUGCUGUGGACGUAGUAAUAUUUGAAUACUAUGAUAUGUCCUGUUGGUCCUUUCGGCCUUCUGCUGUCAAAUUUUUGUCCUCUAAUAUCUUGGCCUAGUACUUUUAGGCAUAUUUCAAAUUUCUGCCAAAGGAAUAUGACUUAAUUACUUGGCAUGGUUAAAAAUUUGUGGCAUACAUGCUUUAUUACAAUUUUUUAAUCCAAUAACUCGAAAUGUUAGAAUUUUCA